CCCAUUGUCCAAAUGUACGCCCUCCCACGUGCGCGUCACAUGCCGAACAAUACUAACUCGGACCUAUGUAGCUCAAAUUUAAAGCCGCGCAUCCCCGCUCGCCCACCAUCUUCUCCCUCCCUCCCUCACCAUUUCUCCAUGUUCUCACCCGAGGAUCACCGUUUUCUUUCCUAUGAGCCAAGACCGGCGCCUGUCGAUCACCGGCGAUGGAAACCGUCUGUCGAGAUUGCCCCGAAUUGCCCUCGUUGUGAUUCCUCAAACACCAAAUUCUGCUAUUACAACAACUACAGUCUCACCCAGCCGCGCUACUUCUGCAAAGGCUGUCGAAGGUACUGGACAAAAGGCGGUUCACUCCGCAACGUGCCAGUCGGCGGAGGCUGCCGCAAAAACCGCCGUGGAAAGUCAGUUCGACUUUCCACCGAUUCCAUCACCUCCACCUCUUCAUCAAGUAGUAGCCUACAGAUUGAUAGCACUCGAGGACCAGAAUCCGGGCUUCGCCCUGACCAAGCACUCGAUGACAUGUUCGACAACUAUCAUCCGAAAUCGGAAUCCGGAGGCUCCAAUAUAGAUAUGGCAGUUAUGUAUGCUAGGUACUUAAACCAUGUGCCGGAUAAAUUGCCUUCAGAUAUGGACGAUUCAUUUGGGUUUAUUGGAUCCGUGACGGCCGAAUUGUCAUCGUCGUCAACGCCAUCAACUGAUAUGAACUGCCAAGCUAUUAGCCAAGCAGAUGAAGCCAAUCUAGAAUUUAUGGCUGGCAAUUGCGGGAUGGACGAGUCUGUGGUCGAGCUAGGCUUCGCCGUAGAACACGGAAGCUUAGCGUCAUCAUCGAUCUUGCCAGAGGUGAACGGCGGAGAUGUGUUUCCCAUGAAUUGGGGUUCGCUUUAUCCGAAUAUGCCGUGGCCGGCACAGGAGAAGAAUUCUGUGGUGGUGGCUGCUAGAGCGCCGCAGGAAAUUGGAUCUAAUCAUCAUUUUCAAGAGCUUAUGAUUGGGGAUUGGAUCUCUAUGGAGCAGUCUGGGUUCGAAGCAUUUUAGAGGAUGAUUGUUUGUUAAUUUGUGGUCUUCAGUCUUCGAUCUCUAAAUAUCCUUAUCUAUAUUUUUCUAUGUAUAUCGCAAUAAGCCUUUAAAUUUUUUUUUUUUAAUGAUCUGCUUUCGGUAUAUAGAGCGGUGGUGAUAAGAAUUCAAUUCGAUAAGAUCAAUAAAAGGAACAUCUCGCCACAUUUUCCUUGCUAGAUUGUGCAAUAAUAUUUUUACGUCGGAAUAUGAUUUUUUUUUUAUUUAAUCUGUGGGGUGGUGGUGUGGAGAAGAUGUACUGUGGAUGCUAGUGUUCCUGAUCUCGAGUUGAAUUACUGCAACUGAGAUCGGUUAUUUUGAUAUAUGUUCUUCAGGAAUUUGGUCUUGAGCUGCACUGCUAGUUUGCCAGCUAGCAUGGGUGCGACCAAGCACUCGUAUGGA